AUGCCUAAAUAUUCUGUGAAAUUGGUGUAUAAUAAGCUCAUUGAUUCCAAGCCCAUGGUUCACUGGGACAAGAUGGUCUGGAAUAGACUUACUGUGCCAAAACAUAGGUUCAUCUCUUGGUUGGCAAUUCAGCACAGAUUGCAAACAACAGCAAAAAUGGCAAGAAUUGGAGUUAGCUCAACUUCAGAUUGUCUUCUCUGUGGUCAAGCCCCUGAAGAUCAUGAACACUUGUUCUUCAAGUGUCCUUACAGUAGCAGAUGUCUCACUGAUUUGAAGAGUUGGUUGGGGAUUCAAAGCUCCCUUACUACCUUACAGAGAGGAGUUAGACAACUGUCUAACAGCAACAGUUCCAAAUUUAGGAAAAGUGUUAUGUAUGCUAGCAUGGUUGCUUUGAUCUACCUGAUCUGGAGGAGUAGAAAUAGUAGUUUCUGGGAUAAAGCUUUCCCUACUGUUUUGAAUGUAAUGACUCUUUUAAAGCAUACAGUUAAGAGUAGAGUGAUGGCUGUAAUGCCAAAGAAUGUAAGUAGGAAGGAUAGUUUGUGGUUUCAGAAUCUCUGA